AUCGGGUGAACUAGUUAUAAGGGCGAGUGCGAGUGCGAAUAAUUUUUACAUGCUCAUAUACCACUAGAGUUUCGAGCAUGUCUGUCCCGGGGCCUGUCUCUGGAUAGCUAGGUGCUUGUCCCGGGACAGAAAAUAUAAGGGCGAAACCACUUGUUACCGUUCAGAGCAGGUCACCAAAAAUGCAGUUGUCGCUUUUGUUACCGCAGUGGUGUUAACUUCGACCACACUUAAAUUACGCGAUGUCAUCCAUCAAAAAGAUUGCAGUGGUAACUGGAUCAAAUAAAGGUAUUGGCUUUGCCAUUGUCAGAGCCUUGUGUAAGCAGUUUGAUGGAGAUGUCAUUUUGACAGCUCGUGAUGAAGGUCGAGGUCAGCAGGCAGUGACUGACCUGAAGAAAGAGGGGCUAUCUCCAAAGUUCCACCAGCUGGACAUCACUGACCACGACAGUAUAGUCAAGCUGAAAUCCUUUCUGCAAUCAACGUAUGGUGGACUGGAUAUACUGGUCAAUAAUGCUGGAAUUGCUUACAAGGUGGCAUCCACAGCUCCUUUUAGUGAACAAGCGGAGGUAUCUGUGAAAACUAAUUUCUUGGGAACAUUAGAUGUUUGUGACACAUUAUUUCCUCUUCUUCGUCCACAUGCAAGAGUGGUGAAUGUGUCCAGUCUUGUUUCACAGAUGAGCAUCAAGAAAUGUUCCCCAGAAAACCAAGCCAAGCUCAAAGAUCCUUCUAUUACCAUGGAUACGUUGAAGACAAUUCUGCAAGAUUUUGUGGAAGCUACGAAGUCUAACACACACGAAGCGAAGGGAUGGCCCAGCUCUGCAUAUGGCAUGUCAAAGGUCGGGGUCACCGUAAUGACCUUCAUUCAACACCGAAUGUUGCAGAGUGACCCAAGAGAAGACAUUGUCAUCAAUGCUUGCUGUCCAGGCUAUGUGGCAACAGAUAUGUCCAGUUUCAAAGGCCAUAAAACGAUUGAUGAAGGUGCAGAUACACCAGUCUACCUGGCCAUGUUGCCUCCAAACUGUACAAGUCCAAAUGGAAAUUUCAUUUCCGACAGGAAAAUACAGCAAUGGGGAUGAGGUGGAUUAUCACACUCUCUAUACAAAUCUACAUUAUAUAGACUCUUUAACAAACUUACGCAAUUUUAUAGAAAUUUUCUGUUUGUAUUUUCUAAUCAUUAAAAAGUAUUAUCUCGCCUUCAUGUAAAAUUCUUUAAUCUUAUUGGUUGUUUGCCGUUGGGCAAAUAAAUCCCUUAUACCCCUGUGGGCGGAGCCAAAUUCUC